CAUUCCUUUCGGUUUGCUGGGCUUUGUUGGACAACGAUUUCGCCAAAGCCUAAGCACACCAACCCCUUCGGCAAUCCUAUUUAUAAUCGUCGCCUAUCCUCACUCUGCCUCUCUCUCUCUCUCUCACCGCUGCUCAGCCGUCGCCACUCCUCUCCAAGCAACGACGCUUUUUCGGCGGUGAGAGCGAGGGCACCGACUUGGCUGUUGUCAUCUGUCAUUUGGCUUCGACUUCUCUAGCUGCUGAGACAGAUUGGAGGAGUUUUGGUGGUGUAGAUUGAGAGGGGAGAGAUGAAGUAUGUAUUGGUGACGGGUGGAGUGGUGAGCGGGCUUGGGAAAGGAGUGACGGCUAGCAGUAUCGGGGUAAUCCUUAAGGCGUGCGGCCUCCGUGUCACUUCUAUCAAGAUUGAUCCAUAUCUGAAUACAGAUGCUGGCACAAUGUCACCAUUUGAGCAUGGUGAAGUUUUUGUUUUAGAUGAUGGUGGGGAGGUGGACCUGGACCUUGGCAACUAUGAAAGAUUCCUGGACAUCAAGUUAACUCGUGAUAAUAACAUUACAACUGGAAAAAUAUAUCAGUCUGUCAUUAACAAGGAAAGAAAGGGAGACUAUCUUGGUAAAACAGUCCAGGUUGUACCCCACAUUACUGAUGCGAUACAAGAGUGGAUUGAGCGUGUGGCGAUGGUACCUGUGGAUGGUAAAGAAGGACCUGCUGACGUUUGUGUUAUAGAGUUGGGUGGUACUAUAGGGGAUAUAGAGUCAAUGCCAUUUAUUGAAGCUUUGGGCAGAUUCUCUUAUCGAGUUGGUCCGGGAAACUUUUGCUUGGUUCAUGUCAGCCUUGUGCCAGUUCUGAAUGUUGUGGGUGAACAGAAAACCAAGCCAACUCAACAUAGUGUACGUGGACUAAGAACACUUGGAUUAACACCAAAUGUCUUGGCAUGUCGCAGUGCGAGGCCAUUGGAAGACAAUGUCAAAGAAAAAUUGUCACAAUUUUGCCAUGUCCCGGCAGCAAAUAUCAUUACUCUGCAUGAUGUUUCAAAUAUUUGGCACAUUCCUUUACUAUUAAGGGACCAAAAGGCACAUGAAGCUAUUUUGAAAGAUCUCAAUCUUCUUAGUGUUACCGGGGAGCCAAAGUUAGAGAAAUGGAUGGCUAGAGCCAAACUCUGUGAUACAUUAUGUGACCCUGUGAGAAUUGCCAUGGUUGGAAAAUAUACUGGUCUGUCAGAUUCUUACCUCUCUGUAUUGAAGGCACUCUUACAUGCUUCUCUUAGAUGCCGUAAAAAACUAGUUGUGGAAUGGGUUGCUUCCACGGAUCUUGAAGAUGAAACAGCAAAGGAGGCACCUGAUAGUUAUGAAGCAGCGUGGAAACUAUUGAAGGGUGCACAUGGUAUCCUAGUUCCAGGUGGCUUUGGGGACAGAGGGGUGCAAGGGAAAAUUCUUGCAGCAAAAUAUGCCCGUGAAAAUAAAGUACCAUUUCUUGGCAUAUGCCUAGGCAUGCAAAUUGCUGUCAUUGAGUUUGCCCGAUCUAUUCUUAAGUUGAAGGAUGCAAACAGCACAGAGUUUGACCCAGAUACGCUAAACCCUUGUGUUAUCUUUAUGCCAGAGGGUUCAAAAACUCAUAUGGGAGGAACAAUGCGCCUUGGGUCAAGGAGGACAUAUUUCAAGGUUAUUGACUGCAAAUCUGCAAAAUUAUACGGCAAUGUGAGUUACGUUGAUGAGAGGCACAGGCAUAGAUAUGAGGUCAAUCCUGAAAUGAUCAUGGAACUUGAAAGGGCUGGCCUGAAAUUUUUUGGUAGAGAUGAAACCGGAAGACGCAUGGAGAUCCUUGAGCUGCCUGAUCAUCCUUAUUUUGUUGGAGCUCAAUUUCAUCCUGAGUUCAAGUCACGGCCUGAGAAACCAUCUGCUCUUUUCUUAGGUUUGAUAGCUGCAUCAUGUGGGCAAUUAGACUUCUUCCUUAAAAACUCCAACUGGAACUUGACAUCAAGUGUAGCAAUCAACGGUUUCUCGACACCAAAGCCCUGCCAAAAUGGAAUUAGCAAGAAGCCAUCCAAAAUCUCGAUGAACGGAACUUUCUACUCCAAUGGUAACAGUAACGGUAACCGGCGUACAUGCUUGAGAAACUUAUCAGCUUUGGUUGCUGACCUUUUCAGAUCAUCUUUUCAUUUUUGCAAUUUUGUUUCUCCCUUAUAUGCUAAUGUACAGUUUGUCAGUUGAUAAGGAAAUGGUUUUGUAGUGUGAGGGGAUUGUUGCAGCAGAUAGUUUCAGGAUUUUAACUAGGAACAACCUCUGUUAACUGGGUUUGUUUUUGUAGAUUUUGAAGUAGUGAUUUAUCUUUUUUCUUGAUUAAAGUUUGAAUAAUAUGAGCUUUUUUUUAAGUGUAAAACUAGUCAUAUGACAAUGUUACAUGUACAUUGUGCGCUAGUUGCUCAAUAAAUGAGAAUGAGACCAAAAUUUAGUGAAU